UCUUCACGGCACAUCAUGAAGCAAAGACUACAGCCACCACGAAGUCUCCUCAGUCUACCCAGAGAACUUCGCGAUCAGAUCUACACCUACGCUCUAUACGAAGAUGAGGGGAUAUACUACUACCGCCCACACAAAUUGCAGAAGCCAAUCUUCAUCCGCAACUACGACAGCACACACAUGGCAGUCAACCAGCUAAAGUACACAUGCCAUCAGCUACGCUCCGAGACUCUUAACAUGGAACUCGGACUCAACCGUCUAACUUUUCUUGGGGACCCCACAAUUAGUUUGGAAACAAGGAGAGUGAAAGAGGACCCAGAAUCUCACUUCCUAGAAUUCAUCGGUCUGUGCAGUGAGAGGAUGCGGCGUCGCCUUCGCUGCAUCUACCUACCAUACGGCCAUCGAAUUCGCCACUAUAGAUGCAUCGGACCGCGCGACGUAGUGCUGUUCUGUGAAAGGUACCCCCAUAUCACUGUGUGGUGGCAGACUCGCUUCCUAGAAGAAGAGUUCUACAGAGUCAACAAACCUGCAGAACGGAUCUUGGAGGGCGGAGCCAUGCUGGCUGCUCUCCUACGAACAGGUGUGGAUCUUCAGCAUUUCCAAGAUUCAAUGUUGAUUGAUUUGAAGAGCGACUCGAUAUUGCAGUAUUUGGCUAGGUGUUUGACCGGGCAGGAUAUGGUAGAGAGGGGCUAUUAUAGUAGGACUUUCAAGAUGAAGGCGGGAAACUUUAGGGUGCUUCCGGCUGUGGAGGGGGACUGGGAGACGGAGUGUAGGGAGAGAUGGGAGGGUUGGGUUGCGUAUUGGGCUAUUGAGAAUAGGGUUUGGUGGAUAAAGCGAUAUCUAUGUUACGGCAUUUGA